ACGGUGGGCGGCAUCGCCAUGCUGCCAACAGUACCAACACUGGCCCAGGGGUUUAUCCAGAUAGUCAGUCUCAAGGCUAACCACUGGGUCACGGUAAGUAACCUCCGCUGCCAGGUAUGUACUGUUAAGGUAUAUGACUCUAGUGGUCAUGACACCACCCCAGAGUUUCUCUCACAACUCACCUCUCAUCUUUUCCAGGGACCUCUUAACUAACCUCCAGUUAGUGUUUGCAUAUCUAAAGGUUCUAGAUUUGUGUGUGUAAUAUGGCAGAAGUCUCCUGGAGCCCAUUACACAGCAGGGUUGAGUCAUCACCAUAUUGCUACACCCAUCCAAGCCCCAUCAGGUCAAACAUUACAGAGAUAGAGUAGGGGGUUGAGGGCCUUAAUUAAAGGUUGAGGGCCUCCUCAUCCUUUAACUCUUUCUCUUCUCUCCCUCCAGAUGAAAUUCUUCAUCUAGUGACUUCUCAUUGCCCAACAAUCUGCCCACUCAUCCCAUCCCUUCCUCCAUGUCAUUAUAUAAUAUAAAGCUACUGUUAUUGUCAUGAUGUCAUUAUCUGCUAAUAAAGUUUGCUAGCCGUAUCAUACUGGCCAUAUAAUAUGUGAGAUACACAGAUUAACUAAAAACACUAGCACUGCAAACACUCAGAACAAAGAGAGCAGCAGUGCCUGGACUUCGCAGUCUUCCUCUUCAAGUCCCCCUUCCGAGACUGCCUGUUGAGAACAAGUGACAGGCAGGACCUCCCAACCACACAGCACCCACCUCUUUAUUCCACACACCAGAAUUAAGUAUUUCAGUCUGAUUGCCAUGUGAGUGCACAAAAAAUAAUCUGAAAAUAAAUUAAUGACACUGUAUACCAACAAGUUUAUGUAUUAAAUCUUAAAUAUUGCCAGGUUGGUUUUCACAGCUGUUUCAUAAGGUGUUUAUUAUUGUAAGUUGUAAGGUAUCCUUUGGUAGUAUUUAUUUGUUACACAUUAUUCAUUGUUGUAUCCUACGACCAACAAUAGAUUCAUAUAUAUUCAACCACAAGAGUGUACCAAUGAGCCGUGUGAGAUAGAACAAAAUUAAUAAUAAUAGAGGACUACUGAAAUUAUGUUAUGUCAGUGUAGACAAGGGAAGGGCAGGUUAAAAUAAAAACAUGACAGCCAGACAUGCCAGCUUUUGAAUCAAAGGGAUUUGGAUAUAAAUGGAGUGGAAAUUAACUGACUUUGUGAUCUGUAAAUUAAGUAACUUUAAUGUGUCAAGCAGAGUACACGUUUUCUUUGCCAUUUCCGAAGCAUAGCAAAACAUUUAAGACAUGGAUUUCAUGUUGUAAUGUUAACAAGGUACCAAAAAGUAGUUAGAAUUAAUGUUUUCAUUUGAUUAGCUAAACCAAACUUGUUAAAACAGCUAAACUUUUGCAAAACUCAGCCUUGUUUGAAUAGCAAUGAUGAAAAGAACUUCAUUUAGACUGCAACAAUAUCCAAAAUUCUAAUCAUUAGGUCACCACACUGUUGAUAUAGCAAUGAACGCUAAUAGUUUAUCGAAUCCCAUUGUGACGUAUAGGGGGACACUAUUUGGCAUGACAGGCCCCUCAGGGGUUGGUGCUCAGUCCCCUCCUGUACUCCCUAUUCACCCUUGACUGCAUGGCCAAGCACGACUACAACACCAUCAUUAAGUUUGCUGAUGACACAACAGUGGUAGGCCUGAUCACUGACAAUGAUGAGACAGCCUAUAGGGAGGAGGUCAGAGACCUGGCAGUGUGGUGCCAGGAUAACAACCACUCCCUUAAUGUGAUCAAGACUAAGGAGAUGAUUGUGGACUACAGAAAAAAGAGGACCGAGCACUCCCCCAUUCUCAUUGACGGGGCUGUAGUGGAGCAGGUUGAGAGUUUCAAGUUCCUUGGUGUCCACAUCACCAACAUACUAUCAUGAUCCAAACACACCAAGACAGUCGUGAAGAAGGCAUGACAAAGCCUAGGAGACUGAAAAGAUUUGGCAUGGGUCCUCAGAUCCUCAAAAAGUUCUACAGCUGCACCAUCGAGAGCAUCCUGACUGGUUGCAUCACUGCCUGGUAUGGCAACUGCACUGCCCACAACUGAAUGGGUCUCCAGACGGUGGUGCGGUCUGCACAACACAUCACCGGGAGCAAACUACCUGCCCUCCAGGACACCUACAGCACUCGAUGUCACAGGAAGCCCAAAAAGAUCAUCAAGGACAUCAACCACCUGAGCCACUGCCUGUUCACCCCACUACCAUCCAGAAGGUGAGGCCAGUACAGGUGCAUCAAAGCUGGGACCGAGAGACUGAAAAAUAGCUUCUAUCUCAAGUUAAACAUCCAGCCAUCACUAACACAGAGAGGCUGCUGCCUACAUACAGACAUGAAAUCAUUGGCCACUCUAUCAACGGAUCACUAGUUACUUUAUUAAUGUCACUUUAAUAAUGAUGUUUAUGUAACGGAUGUGAAAUGGCUAGCUAGUUAGCGGGUGCGCGCUAGUAGCAUUUCAAUCAGUUACGUCACUUGCUCUGAGACUUAAGUAGUGUUGCCCCUUGCUUUGCAAGGGCCGCGGCUUUUGUGGAGCGAUGGGUAACGACUGUGCUUCGUGGGCGACCGUUGUUGAUGUGUGCAGAGGGUCCCUGGUUCGCGCCCGUGUCGGGGCGAGGGGACGGUUUUAAAGUUAUACUGUUACAUUGAUGCUGUUGACCCGGAUCACUGGUUGCUGCGGAAAAGGAGGAGGUUGAAAGGGGGGUGAGUGUAACGGAUGUGAAAUGGCUAGCUAGUUAGCGGGUGCGCGCUAGUAGCAUUUCAAUCAGUUACGUCACUUGCUCUGAGACUUAAGUAGUGUUGCCCCUUGCUUUGCAAGGGCCGCGGCUUUUGUGGAGCGAUGGGUAACGACUGUGCUUCGUGGGCGACCGUUGUUGAUGUGUGCAGAGGGUCCCUGGUUCGCGCCCGGGUCGGGGCGAGGGGAUGACAUAAAGUUUAUACUGUUACAUUUACAUAUCUUGCACUACUCAUCCCAGAUGUAUAUACUGUAUUUUAUACCAUCUAUUGCAUCUCGUCUAUGCUGGUCGGCCAUUCAUUAUAUUUAUAAGUACAUAUUCGUAUUCCAUCCAUUUAUUUACAUUUGUGUGUUUAGGUAGUUGUUGUGGAUUUGUUAGAUCACUUGUUAGAUAUUGCUGCACUGUCAGAACUAUAAGCACAAGCAUUUCGCUACACUCGCAAUAACAUCUGCUAACCAUGUGUAUGUGACCAAUACAAUUUGAUUUGGAUUAGUGCUGAGAGAUUAGUGCGUUUUGAAGUCUGUUCGGUUUCGGUUCGAUUAUUUAAAAAUAAUCACGGUUUUCAGUUUCGACCCCAAAAAAUAAACAUGACAUGCGCUAUGCAUUAUGCGGGGUUGAACGCUGUAACAACACACCAAACAACAAUUAAAGUUCCAUGAUGGUAGUGACUGCCCAUUACUGCUUAUCACUUAUUAACCAUCAGUUAUACUUUACUUUAAUAAGAUAUUUCAGUUGUACAUUUGUUUUAUUUGAUUACUUUAUUAUUUUAUUCCAAGUCAUCAUCUCAUCUCUAUAGAGCUACUGCCUAUGCUGUCUGACAAAAUCACUAUUUUAGAAGUUCUUCAAAGUAAAUAUGACUGCUGAAUACCAACUAUCAAUCACUUAGAUCGUGUAUCUUCAUGUAGAGAUAUCUCGCGAAGUAACAGUUAUCUAUCCCUCUUGAUCUUGCAUCUUCUGACUCUUCUCUCCGGCUUUUGACUUUUCUCGCUUGCUUGCCUAAACGAAACACACAGAAAGGCGCGCAAUGGAUUGGGGUCAUUGUAGUUAAUUACCACGGUUUCUGCACUAAACUAUGUAGAAUUUUGGACUGUUGGAAACUACAACUCCACCAUCGCACAGUUCGGGCUGAUCUGAUGUAUUUUAUCUCCAGAGGAACUAGGCAAUUUGCGCAUUGAGUUCACAAAAAUAGAAUUCAAACAGUUGAACCGAUGUGUAAAAGCCAAGGCAUACAGGUGUGAAAUGGAAAACAACAUCAGUCUAUUCCAUAUAAAACAACGUUGUCUUCUCUCCGAAAGGUUGCUGGAUCGAAUCCCCAAGCUGACAAUGUAAAAUUCGAUCGUUCUGCCCCUGAGCAAGACACUUAACUCACUGUUCCCCGGGAGCCGAAGACGUGGAUGUCGAUUAAGGUAGCCCUCCGCACCUCUCUGAUUCAGAGGGGUUGGUUUAAAUGCGGAAGACACAUUUCAGUUGAAGGCAUUCAGUUGUACAACUGACUACAACAACCAGCAGUUAACCACAACAUAAUUAGGCCCGGAAGGUGUUUACAUGAGACUGAUGUCGAUGGCCAAAUUGGGGUGUGAAUUGAUUUUAAAGUAAGCCUAUUGUGAUUUAAAUUAAUCCGAAUGCAAUAACAAGAACCACCCCGGGAGAGUGAGCGCACCACCCCAAUUGUCAAUUCCGAGUUGAUGAUCUACCUAAAACCACAGCACCGAAAGUGCUUGACUCAUAAAUAUUCAAUUCAAUUACUAGAGGGAGUAUGUGAUCAUAAUCCCUCAAAGUUAUAGAUUAGGACUAAAUGGCAGCCGUUUUGGUCAGGGAGAAUUAUCAUUAUAAUUAUCAUUCCUAAUUAUUUGGUUUGACUAAAGCAGUGACGACUCGGAUACCACGGUUUCUGCCUCCCGCCCCGCGAACACGCAGGGAAGUUUGACUGUCUCGCUGUCAGCGCAGCGGUGAAUGCCGGUUUGUUUGGCCACCAGCGAACAGUUGCGUUUCUGCUCUACGUGUACAUGCAAGGUGUGACAAAUGCCAUCAAGCGUAAACUACUCCUGGAAGAAUUAAACAGCCCACCCUUGGAUUUGAAAGGAAUUACAUAGACUUCGAGUGAUUGGCUUUGGUUUUUGGCUUGUUUGUUGUUGUUGUUCCGUCUUGAGGAGACUGAGGAAUAACUGCCAACAUGUCUAGGGAUCAUGACAAUGUGAAUAAGCUGACUGAAAGUACAUACAAGAAUGUGAUGGAGCAGUUGAACCCAGGACUGAGGAACCUUGUCAAUUUGGGGAAGUCCUAUGAGAAAUCUGUAGCCGUGAUGACUCUUGCUGGGAAGGCGUACUUUGAUGCUGUGUCAAAGAUAGGAGAGACUGCUUCCGUGUCCCCUGUCUCCAGAGAAUUGGGUGUGGUUCUGAUGGAAAUCUCUGAGGUGCACAAGAAGGUUCACCUGGAGCUGGAGGAGAAUUUCAAGCAGUUCCACAAAGAAAUCAUUUCUGAGCUGGAGAGGAAAACAGAGAUGGAUGUCAGAUAUAUGACUGCAACAUUCAAGCGGUACCAGUCAGAGCACAAAAUGAAGCAGGACUCUCUGGAGCGCUCUCAGACGGACCUGAAGAAGCUGCGGAGGAAGAGCCAGGGAAAACAAGCCACCAAGUAUGAGAAGAAGGAGAACGAGUAUAUAGAGACCAUCUCGUCACGGCAGAGUGACAUGCAGAAGUUCAUCGCUGAUGGCUGCAGAGAGGCCCUCCUGGAGGAGAAGAGACGAUUCUGCUUCCUGGUUGACAAACACUGCACGUUCUCUUACCAUGUCACCACCUUCCACGAGAAGGCCAAAGAGCUGCUGGCAGUGAAGCUGCCCAGCUGGCAGGAUAAAUGCAAAGAUGCCACCAAGGUCCCCGACACAGUAUUGACCAUGCUAGAGGGUCUCCGCACCCCCAUGUCUGGGACCCCAGAAGCCUCGCCUCUCGUCGAACGCUACAACAGGAACAACAGGGACCCGAUGGUUCCCCCACCAGCCCCCCAGCUGAAGGCCCAGACCAGUCCACUGGCUAAUAUGUUCAACCAGGACGUCCCCCACGCCUCCUUCACAUCCACAUCUACAUCUACAUCAGACCACAACUCAGACCAGGGCAGUAUGGAGAACAGUGGAAGCCUGUCUCUAUCCCAGUCAGUGUCGAUGGGUUCUGGGCUGAACGUGGGCAGGAAGCCACGGGUCAGGACCAUCUUCCCCCACACGGCCGGCAACAACGACACACUCCUGUCCUUUGAUGAUGGUGACAUCAUCAUACUGCUCAUCAAGGAGGAGAAGGACGGAUGGCUAUACGGAGAGCUGGAGAAGACCCGGCAGCGGGGCUGGUUUCCCUCAUCUUACUGCCGACCUUACAAUGAACCACUGAUCUCAAACAGUUUGGGGACACCGGUGCGUCGUCUGAGUGUGGCCAGUCUUCCGGAACAGGAAGAGGAGGAGCCUGUUUUGCUGCCGCCGCCAGACUACAGUGACAGGACAGGGAGCAGCCCUUUCAGCCUGGUCAGCGCCUCCACACCCUCACCCAAAAACACGAUCUCUCUACCCAAUGAGGUUGGAAAGGUUCCCUUUCUGGGAGGUGGGAAUCCCUUUGCCACUGUCAAACUGAGACCUACAGUGACCAACGACAGAUCAGCACCCAACGUCUAAUAACCAGAGCUCAUCCAGACAGAGGAAUGAUAAAACACCACCAACACUACAGAAUCACAGUCCAACAAGAUGUCCAGAAAGCAUGGAUUCUACUCCGCUUCAGCAAACCAGCUCCGUUGUAGCCAGCUCCGUUGUAGCCAGCUCCGUUGUAACCAGCUCCGUUGUUACUAGCUCCGUUGUAGCCGAGCCAGCUCCGUUGUAGCCAGCUCCGUUGUAACUAGCUCCGUUGUAGCCGAGCCAGCUCCGUUGUAGCCAGCUCCGUUGUAGCCAGCUCCGUUGUAGCCAGCUCCGUUGUAACCAGCUCCAUUGUACCCGAGCCAGCUCCGUUGUUACUAGCUCCGUUGUUACUAGCUCCGUUGUUACUAGCUCCGUUGUAACCAGCUCCGUUGUUACUAGCUCCGUUGUUACUAGCUCCGUUGUUACUAGCUCCGUUGUUACUAGCUCCGUUGUAACCAGCUCCGUUGUUACUAGCUCCGUUGUUACUAGCUCCGUUGUUACUAGCUCCGUUGUUACUAGCUCCGUUGUUACUAGCUCCGUUGUUACUAGCUCCGUUGUUACUAGCUCUGUUGUAACCAGCUCCGUUGUUACUAGCUCCGUUGUUACUAGCGCCGUUGUUACUAGCUCUGUUGUAGCCAGCUCUGUUGUUACUAGCUCCGUUGUAACCAGCUCCGUUGUUACUAGCUCCGUUGUUACUAGCUCCGUUGUUACUAGCUCCGUUGUUACUAGCGCCGUGGGUAGCCAGCUCCGUGGGUAGCCAGCUCCGUGUGUAGCCAGCUCCGUGGGUAGCCAGCUCCGUUGUUACUAGCUCCGUUGUAGCCAGCUCCGUUGUAGCCAGCUCCAUUGUAACCAGCUCCGUUGUAGCCAGCUCCAUUGUAAAACAGAGUAGUGAAGUGACAAUGAUUAUGGGCAGUGCUGAAACAUAAUAAAAUCCAGGCUACCUUCCUGACUCUUUAGCGUUCAGAUUGUUUUUUAAAUAAAUAUAUAUACAGUCGCUAAUGAAAGUCUACACACCCGUUGCAGAGUCUUCAAAGUGUGUUGCCUUAAACUGUAAUCUACAAAGGGAAUAAAUGUUUUUUUCUACUGACCUGACGCCUUACAACCUACUUCACAUUUUCAGACUGAAAGAUAAAUUAUACAACACCCCAGAGUUAAUACUGGGUGGAAGCAACUUUGGCAGCCGUUACAGCUGGGAAUCAUUUGUUGUUCUAUUAGGGCAACAUUUAUCCAUUGUUUUGGCAAAAUUGCUCAAGCUCAUUACAUUUGGUUGGGAGUCAUUGAUGGACACCAAUAUUCAAACCUUGUCUUUGAUUUUCAAACAAAGUUAAGUCAGGACUGAGAGUGGACUACUGAGGAACACUCAACACCUCUUGGAAAACAUUUUGGCGUCUAAGGCAUUAACAUUUGUGUAAUUGUUCCGCAAAAACAAAAACAACUAUCCCAGGGUUAGGUUUUCAGAAGACUGAGGCAGGGUUUCCUCUAACUUCUUACCUGGACUUUGCUCCUUUCAUAUUUAUUUUGCUCGUGACAAACUCCCCAGUCCCUGCCGUUGACAAGCAUACCUAUAACAUGAGUUAUAUGAUCAUUUACUGAUCUUGAGCAAUUUUGACAAAAACGAUGGAUAUAUAUUUCCCUAAGAGUUGUCGAGAGUUGAUAGAAUCUUAUUCCAAAUUAUUCACAGCUGUAAUGGCUGCCAACAGUGUUUCCAUCAAGUAUUAACUCUGGGGUGUGAAGACAUACACAAUCAAGACUUUUUUUAUUUUAUUUUUUUAUUCAUUUUGAACACUUUCUAUAAUUUCUUUCACUGAAAAUGUGGAUUAGGUUGUGUACAUCGGUAGGAAGGCAAAAUUAUUAUUAGUUUAUUUUUGUAAUAUUUUUUUACAAAAUGUGAAGACUGCGAAGGGUGUAUUGACCUUCACUAGCACUGUAUUCUGUCUGUAGUAGUUGUAGGAAUGAGGAACAGGGACACUAGUUGGGGAAAGAAGUGCUACAUUUUUUGCCAUAUUUAUUUUUUCAUUAUUACGUAACCAUUUUUCAAUGGGGAGGCUACUAUUUAUGCAUAUGUUUUAAACAAAUUAGAGAUGUAUCAUUUUUUUAAAUUAAUUGAAUCUUAAAAAAGUCUACUCAGCCCCUACUAAGUGUAUUGAGUGUAAACAGUGAGAGUUUAUGGAAGAAUGAAUAUAGCUCAUGUAAGUUAUGUUUAAAAUGAACAUACGUGAUUUUUGAUUAGCCAUAGAAUAUUAAAUGAAUGUAUGCUGAAUGGGGAAUGGAUUGACAUAUGGACUCUGCUAUGCUAUUUCUUCAUCGUUUUAAAAGUAUUUUUUUUCAUACUUGUUUAAAGGUUCAUGAUGUUUAUUGUUUAAAGGUUCAUGAUGUUUAUAAGGUUGUAAGGAGACAAUUUUUCUUUGGUUUUUUUUCAUGGUAAGCUGAAGACUGUGUUUUACAAAUACACAAUUUUUGUAAAUCACAAUAACACUGUUAUUGGUAGAAAUAGCGUAUGAACCAUGCAGUAUAUUGAACGAGUAUAUAGGUUUUUCUCUUCCUUCAGUGUAGAGGAAUUCAUGAUACACACUGCUGUCCAUGAUAAUUGACGAUUCCCAGAUACGUUUAUGGUUCCUCUUCUAUCUCUGUUCAGAUACUGAUGUGUAUUCUGUCAUUCUCCAAAGGUGACAAGGAAAAUGCUUUACCAUGGUAUUCUGUAGACUGAAGUUAUGUUAUCUCACAGUUAAACAGGAUAAACCGUACAUGGUCUUUAUUUUUAACUAUUUUUUUAUUCAUGUAUUGUCUUUGCAAUUUACUGCCAUAACCUACUGAAUAUCUGUAUGAAGAUUGUAUAACUGAAAAUGUUGUAUGUCCCUUAAUACAUGAGAUGAAAUUGAGAA